GCGCGCCGGCGCGCACACGAGACAGAGCUUUACUAUCUCGCUCCCCCUCGCGCCUCCCUCCUCGCUGGGCAUUCAAACAGCUUCCCGACAGCAGCAGCCAAGGAUUUUUGCCCCCCCUCUCCUCAGUCGCCGUCCGUCCAGCAGUACCUGAGGGGGGAGGCGGAGGGAGCAGAGCGGAAAGAGGGAAAAAGCAUAAGCUUGAGCCUUCCGAACCGACCACGAACACUCCCCGUAAUAAACCCACCGCCCCAACAAAUCCGCCUCAGCUGCCUCAGCUGCCUCAGCCGCCGCCGGCCGCUUCUCGUCUCAGCGCUUUCUUGGCUUCUUGGCUAUUCGGCGUGUGUGUGUGUUGGGGGGGUGGUGAGAUUAACUAACACAAACCCUCACUCUCCAACCACUUCCUUUUUUUUUUUUUCCUUUGGUUGGCUGAUUUCUUUAGUCUCCCUUCGGGGGGCUUCUCCCCCUCCCCCUCGGCUCGGAGGUUGGAUUCAGUCAGACACGGCGCCAAGCCUGUGGUUUCUGAGAGGCUCCCUCUCUCUCUUUUUUUUCUUUCCUCCUCUCACUCCUUCCUUUAUCAAGCGCCCAACUCUCCCCCACACCCAUCUUUUGCUUCUCUCAUGUUUGCGGUUUUUUAAAAAAUAAAACCUGCUUUUGGGAAGAGGAGCCAGGGAAGAUGGGCAACGGUGGCUGGGAGCGAAGGGGAAUCUCUCGGUCGCUGUUGCUGGGACGCGUGCCGGUGCUGGUGUCUUAAGAGCUGGAGCCUCCCUGAGCUUUCGGAGUGAAGAACAGUGGAAGAGACUGCAGCCUAAAGACUUUUAAGAUUAACUUGGCAUCACUUUUAUCAGCUCAGAGGCUGAGCAAAAAAAGCAGUGUCAUUUAUUCUAAGAAAUAACUUCUUAAAGGUUAAUGCUGAAAAAUAUUCGAGUUAUUUUUGGAUAACAACUCACAGAGGCCAAAUGACAUAGGAUGAAGGCUGUUCGUAACCUGCUGAUUUAUAUAUUUUCCACCUAUCUCCUGGUUAUGUUUGGAUUUAAUGCCGCCCAAGACUUCUGGUGUUCAACUUUGGUGAAGGGAGUCAUUUAUGGAUCGUAUUCUGUAAGUGAAAUGUUUCCCAAAAACUUUACAAACUGCACUUGGACGCUGGAAAAUCCAGAUCCAACCAAAUAUAGCAUUUACCUGAAAUUUUCCAAAAAGGACCUUAGCUGCUCUAACUUUUCCCUCCUGGCUUAUCAGUUUGAUCACUUUUCCCAUGAAAAAAUAAAGGAUCUUUUAAGAAAGAAUCAUUCUAUAAUGCAACUCUGCAAUUCCAAGAAUGCUUUUGUUUUUCUACAAUAUGAUAAAAAUUUUAUUCAAAUACGUCGGGUAUUUCCAACUGAUUUCCCAGGAUUACAGAAAAAAGGGGAAGAAGAUCAGAAAUCUUUUUUUGAGUUUCUGGUGUUGAACAAGGUGAGCCCAAGCCAGUUUGGUUGCCAUGUACUAUGCACUUGGUUGGAGAGCUGCUUAAAAUCAGAAAAUGGGAGAACAGAAUCAUGUGGGAUCAUGUAUACAAAAUGUACCUGCCCUCAGCACUUGGGAGAGUGGGGGAUCGACGACCAGUCCCUGGUUUUGUUAAAUAACGUCGUGCUACCCCUAAAUGAGCAGACCGAGGGCUGCCUGACCCAGGAGCUGCAAACUACUCAAGUCUGCAAUCUUACCAGGGAGGCCAAGCGACCGCCCAAAGAAGAAUUUGGAAUGAUGGGAGAUCAUACAAUUAAAAGUCAGCGACCUCGAUCUGUUCAUGAAAAAAGGGUCCCUCAGGAACAAGCUGAUGCUGCUAAAUUUAUGGCACAAACUGGUGAAUCUGGUGUGGAAGAGUGGUCUCAGUGGAGCACAUGCUCAGUUACUUGUGGUCAAGGGUCGCAGGUGCGAACCAGAACUUGUGUAUCACCUUACGGGACACACUGCAGCGGCCCAUUAAGAGAAUCAAGGGUUUGCAAUAACACUGCCCUCUGUCCAGUACAUGGAGUUUGGGAGGAAUGGUCACCGUGGAGUUUGUGUUCAUUUACCUGUGGUCGAGGCCAAAGAACAAGGACAAGGUCAUGCACUCCUCCUCAGUAUGGGGGAAGGCCGUGUGAAGGACCUGAAACUCAUCACAAGCCUUGUAAUAUUGCUCUCUGUCCAGUUGAUGGACAGUGGCAGGAGUGGAGUUCGUGGAGCCAGUGCUCAGUGACAUGCUCCAAUGGGACACAGCAGAGAAGCCGACAGUGCACUGCCGCUGCUCACGGGGGCUCCGAAUGCAGAGGGCCCUGGGCAGAAAGCAGAGAGUGCUACAACCCUGAGUGUACAGCCAAUGGUCAGUGGAAUCAAUGGGGUCAUUGGAGUGGAUGUUCCAAGUCCUGUGAUGGCGGCUGGGAAAGGCGAAUAAGGACUUGCCAGGGGGCAGCAAUAACAGGACAGCAAUGUGAAGGAACUGGUGAAGAAGUGAGAAGAUGCAGUGAGCAGCGGUGUCCUGCACCUUAUGAAAUAUGCCCAGAGGAUUAUCUGAUGUCAAUGGUAUGGAAAAGGACUCCAGCAGGCGACCUAGCAUUUAAUCAAUGCCCACUGAAUGCCACAGGCACCACUAGCAGACGCUGCUCUCUCCGUCUUCAUGGAGUGGCCUUCUGGGAACAGCCAAGCUUUGCAAGAUGCAUAUCAAAUGAGUACAGACACUUGCAGCAUUCAAUUAAAGAGCACCUUGCUAAGGGACAGAGAACCCUAGCAGGUGAUGGAAUGUCCCAGGUAACCAAGACACUCUUGGAUUUAACUCAGAGGAAGAAUUUCUAUGCAGGCGAUCUUCUGAUAUCUGUGGAAAUUCUCAGGAACGUAACAGACACUUUUAAAAGGGCAAGUUAUAUCCCUGCAUCUGAUGGUGUCCAGAACUUCUUUCAAAUAGUUAGCAACCUUCUAGAUGAGGAAAACAAGGAAAAAUGGGAAGAUGCGCAACAGAUUUACCCAGGAUCAAUAGAGUUAAUGCAGGUGAUUGAAGAUUUUAUACAUAUUGUUGGAAUGGGGAUGAUGGACUUUCAGAAUUCAUACCUAAUGACUGGAAAUGUAGUGGCUAGCAUUCAGAAGCUUCCUGCAGCAUCUGUUUUAACAGAUAUCAACUUUCCAAUGAAAGGACGUAAGGGGAUGGUUGACUGGGCAAGAAAUUCAGAAGACAGAGUAGUCAUUCCAAAAAGCAUUUUCACUCCUGUAUCAUCAAAAGAAAUAGAUGAAUCAUCAGUAUUUGUUCUUGGAGCUGUCCUGUACAAAAAUUUAGAUCUAAUUUUGCCUACUUUGAGAAACUACACUGUUGUUAAUUCCAAAAUCAUCGUGGUCACAAUCCGGCCUGAACCCAAAACGACAGAUUCAUUCCUGGAGAUAGAACUAGCUCAUUUGGCUAAUGGUACUUUGAAUCCCUAUUGUGUGUUGUGGGACGACUCAAAAACGAACGAGUCUUUGGGAACAUGGUCCACCCAGGGAUGUAAAACUGUGCUUACCGAUGCAUCCCAUACGAAAUGCUUAUGUGAUCGUCUCUCUACCUUCGCCAUUUUGGCUCAGCAACCUAGAGAAAUAAUCAUGGAAUCCUCUGGUACUCCUUCAGUUACCUUAAUUGUGGGCAGUGGCCUUUCUUGCUUGGCCUUGAUCACGCUCGCAGUUGUCUAUGCAGCAUUAUGGAGGUACAUACGCUCUGAAAGGUCCAUAAUUCUAAUUAACUUCUGCCUGUCUAUCAUUUCAUCCAACAUUCUCAUACUGGUUGGACAGACUCAGACACAUAAUAAGAGUAUCUGUACAACUACUACUGCAUUUUUGCACUUUUUCUUCCUGGCUUCAUUCUGUUGGGUUUUGACUGAGGCGUGGCAAUCCUAUAUGGCUGUGACUGGAAAAAUUAGAACACGGCUUAUACGGAAGCGCUUUCUGUGCCUUGGAUGGGGUUUACCAGCAUUAGUAGUGGCCACAUCAGUAGGCUUCACCAGGACGAAAGGAUAUGGCACUGAUCACUACUGCUGGCUGUCUCUUGAAGGAGGACUACUCUAUGCUUUUGUUGGACCCGCAGCUGCUGUUGUCCUGGUCAACAUGGUGAUUGGCAUUUUGGUAUUUAAUAAACUUGUUUCCAGAGAUGGGAUCCUAGAUAAAAAGCUCAAACACAGAGCCGGUCAGAUGAGUGAGCCUCAUAGCGGUUUGACGCUCAAAUGUGCCAAGUGUGGAGUAGUUUCAACAACAGCUUUGUCAGCCACCACCGCCAGUAACGCCAUGGCAUCUCUUUGGAGCUCCUGUGUGGUAUUGCCCCUCCUGGCACUGACGUGGAUGUCUGCAGUUCUGGCUAUGACAGAUAAACGCUCCAUAUUGUUUCAGAUACUUUUUGCUGUUUUUGAUUCACUGCAAGGUUUUGUUAUAGUCAUGGUGCACUGCAUUCUUCGGAGAGAGGUUCAGGACGCAUUUAGAUGUCGAUUGAGAAACUGUCAGGAUCCAAUCAAUGCUGAUUCUUCAAGUUCUUUCCCUAACGGACAUGCUCAAAUCAUGACAGACUUUGAAAAGGAUGUAGACAUUGCUUGUCGAUCAGUUCUUCAUAAGGAUAUUGGCCCUUGUCGAGCAGCAACAAUAACAGGAACACUCUCCAGGAUUUCUCUAAACGAUGAUGAAGAAGAAAAGGGAACAAACCCUGAGGGGCUAAGCUAUUCAACGUUGCCUGGAAAUGUCAUUUCCAAAGUCAUCAUCCAGCAACCCACAGGUCUGCACAUGCCCAUGAGUAUGAAUGAGCUGAGCAAUCAGUGUUUGAAGAAAGAGAAUACUGAAUUGCGGAGAACUGUGUAUCUAUGUACGGAUGAUAAUUUAAGAGGGGCUGAUAUGGACAUAGUUCAUCCUCAGGAAAGAAUGAUGGAAAGUGACUAUAUUGUAAUGCCAAGAAGUUCUGUAAAUACCCAGCCAUCAAUGAAAGAGGAAAGUAAAAUGAAUAUUGGCAUGGAAACCUUGCCCCAUGAGAGGCUAUUGCACUACAAAGU